UGUCCCUUUUUGUGCCUAUAAAUGACACAUUAACCCUAAAUUGGUUUGCAUAAACUUUACAUUCAGCUGUUAGGUGUGUCCACAAGGUAAAAAAAGAAAAAGAAAAAGUAAAGCAUACGGCAAGAAAAAAUUCCAGAUGCAUCAACUCGUGAUGGUUUCGCAGAAUAUUGUCCACAUUUUUUUGCAAUAUUUUGCUUUUGCACCACCUAUCCCGACAAUCCUGACAAAUCCUUGAAUCCAACUGUUGGCUUUCUGAAAGUGACAAUUUAAACUGUGCUUUAAGAUAAAAUAAGAGAUGAUAAAAGGCAGAAUGGGGCAGCGCCGCCUCUCGCGGCGUGGGUGGGGCUGACAAGAAUAGACUACAUUAUGCAGUUCAUUUAGUUAACAAGUGAAAUAAUGGGGAAGCGUGCAGUGGGAAUGCCGAGAGAAAAGCACAAAACCCUAUUGAGGGUUCUCGGCCGCUUGCAGCGUAACCGUCACAUGGGCGAAGCGGCUCCGCGUUGCCUAUUUAAGGAGCCCCAGACGCGCCUUCAGCACCACUUCGCUGUCCACACUUCCACGCGACAGCACGCUCCCACGUCCCACGCCACUGGCUGCAAGAUUCGUCCACGACUCGUCUGCACGUCCGCAACCAUGCCGAGGUCUUUUCUCGUGGAUUCGUUGAUUUUAAGAGAGACCAACGACAAGGGGAGCGAGAACAGCUCGCCCCUCUUCCCGUACGCGGUGCACUCGCCCGGCCACCACCCGCACGGGCUGCCGGGCUCGUGCCACUCCAGGAAGGCCGGGCUGCUCUGCUUCUGCCCGCUGUGCAUGGCCGCCUCCCACUUGCACCCUUCUCCGCCCGCACUGCCUCUCCUCAAGGCCUCCUUCCCGCCCUUCGGCUCGCAGUACUGCCAUACGGCCCUGUCCCGGCAACAGGUCUCAUCCAACGGCAUCAGCCUCGGCCACGGCGCCGCCAUGUACCAGGCCGCCUACACGGUCCCAGACCCGCGUCAGUACCAUUGCAUCUCCAUCGAAAACAGCAACAGCAAACUUCAGAGCAGCAAACGCAUGCGCACGGCGUUCACCAGCACGCAACUUUUGGAGCUGGAGCGCGAGUUCACCUCCAACAUGUACCUGUCCAGGCUGAGGCGCAUUGAAAUCGCCACUUACCUCAACCUGUCCGAGAAGCAGGUCAAGAUCUGGUUCCAGAACCGCAGGGUGAAGCACAAAAAGGAGGGCAAGAGCGGCUCCGGCGGCCCACGGACUGCGACCAACGGCUGCAAAUGCUCGUCGGCCGCCAGGUGCUCGGAGGAAGAAGAGGAUGACAUGCCCGUGUCCCCCUCAUCAUUCUCCGAAAAGGAUGAUGUGGACUUGUCCGUCUCCCCCUAAACUCCUAUCUGGACGAUUUUCUUUUUAAACAUAUAAACCAAAAAGACUGUUCCACCUGUGUACAUACAAAGAGAAUAUUUAAUCGGGGGAUUGUCCUGAAUUAUUGUACAAUUCUGUAUACUUGUUGUACGUUUUCUAUGUAGUUUUUUUUUUUUUUUUUUGGAAAACGGUCAAUUUGUUGUACCGAACACCUGAAUAUGGGCAUAUUUGUAAAGCCGAACCCAAAUGAAAAAUGGACAUUGUCUAAUAACAUUUUCCCCUCAGUAUUGUUUGAGAAUACUACUUUGGGUGUAUUGUGGGAUGCAAGCUUGGAAACUUUUUCCCUCGCAGUUUUUGAGCUCGGCCUCAAAAUGUAUUAUUCAAUGUCAUUACAAAAAUAUUUAUUUAUUUAAAAAUGUUGAAAUAAAAACAUAUUUCUGAGCCGUACGUGGUGCGUUGUCCUGGUGGUCUUUUUGCGCGUAAAUUUGAGCCAAUUUCAA